AUGAUUAGCUUGAAGAGAAAACUAACAACGGAAGAAAGCGAAGAGAAUGAUCAUCAACAAGAAAUAGUGCUGUUGGAUGAUGAUGAGCAGGUUGAUUUGAGUCAUUUGGAAGACGAUUUACAAACUCAAUCAUCGUGCUCAUCAUCACCGUUGAAUCAUCAGAAUCAUGAUGAGAAGAAUCUUGAAAGCUUUCACAAUGUACAAGAAGAAGAAUAUUAUUUUGAGCUCGAUGAGCCUACUAGUAUUCCAAAUCAUCAAGAGCCGAAUACCACCAACAUCCACCUGUCUGUACCAACCAUUCCCGAAGAAUUAAAUGUUCAGCAAGAGGAAGAGAACGAUAUUGAUAUUGAAGCAAUUCAAGAGCUGCUUUCGGAAGAGGAGAACACUCAACAACAUCAAGUACCACCGUUCGUUCUUCUAAAUAGUGAUACAUCCACUUUGGAAUCAUCAUCGAUAGCUGAAUCUUUGGAGAAUGACAGUGUCAAUGAGCGACGCCAUUUCAGCAACAACAACAAUCACCAAACUGAAUUAUUAUUUGCUCCAUCCAAUGAAAGCUUUGACAGCAGCUCGACAAUGACAUCAUCUGCUGAGCAGCUCUCUUCCAUUCACACUCAUCACCUAGAAAUGAUGCCCGUUGAGAGUAUAUUGACAAAGAUUUCAUCAAAUCAAGAACGAGUUUACCGAGCAACACAUAUUGUACAAUUAUUGAAAAAUCAACUAGGUAUCCAAACUGUUCAAGCUCUGCUCUUGGCACAACGGAGAUUAAUACUUUCUAUUAAGGAAAUUUCCAAUCAAGAUUAUGAAACGAUCAUUUGUGCUGCCCAAUCAUUGGAUCCAACAUGUACACCAUUCGGAUUUACUACAGCAUCUCAAUAUCAUCAUCAAAUGGUGUCAAAGAGGUAUCAUGUGAAAACAGGUUCGAAUGACCUUGACGAAUUGCUUGGUGGUGGCGUAGAGUCAUCAGCAGUCACGGAAUUCUUUGGAGAAUCAGCUUCAGGAAAAACUCAGCUUUGUCAUACUCUAGCGGUCACUGCUCAAAUUCCAUACCAAGCCGAUUCUCAGAUGGGAAAGGUUAUAUAUAUUGAUACAAGCGGGUCUUUUAGACCUGAACGACUAGAUUCGAUUUCUUCACGCUUUAAACUUGAUCCCAACCAUAUUCUAGAUAAUAUUUCAUAUUCCCGAGUUUAUCAUUGUGAUCAACAAACUAAGAAUGUAAAUGAAAUGAGAAAACUUCUCAACAUGCACCAACAGCAACAACAACAAAAUCCAUUUCGAUUAAUUAUUAUUGAUAGUGCUACAGGUUUAUUCAGAACUGAAUUCAAGAAUAAGGAUGAAAUUUGUGAACGACAAAAUAAGCUAGGCCAGUAUCUAGAAUCUCUAAACAAGCUUUCUGAGGAUUUUAAUAUUCCUAUUGUUAUCACCAAUCAGGUGAUGGACGUAUUCGAAAAACCAUCGCCAUUCAACUCUCCUAGUAGCUCACCAAAAGUGAAACCUGUUGGAGGACAUGUACUGGCCCACACUGUCACGACACGAGUGCAGUUUUUUAAGGAACCUCAACAAAAGAGAAGAGCCAAAAUUUUCAAGUCCAGCAACAGACCCGAGUUGUCUUGCUAUUUUGGAAUCUAUGGAGAUGGGAUUGAUAAUUACAGAAAUAUUUAUGAUUCCUACUAA